UCUAACUCAGCUAGAGGAUCCACUCCACGGCUCUUCCGUACACUUGUUGCGCACAACAGCGCAAUCUGCUAUAUCGACACCUCGAACUCUUCCUGUGUUAUCGCUAGCUACGCCGCCUGAAGCGACGAUCCCCGCACAUCGCAAAACUUUGCGCCUUUAAGCGUGCUGUCAGGCACCAAGGACGUUAUGGCAGUUAGCUGGGGCGAAUCAGUGAAAACAGCCCAGAAUGUGAGCUGGGGUGGGGCUCAGUUGACAAGUACAGAAGCAGAUACCGUGACAGCGAGAGCUUGGGCAUCUUACCAAGGUGACAACUACGCUGGCUCGAGCGGGUGGACAAAUGGGAAUUCGGGCUGGGGGAGCUCUGCUGCAGAAAUUGGUUCGGAAGCGGAUGCGAGCGUAAAUGGGUGGCAGGCGCCAUCUGCGCUCAAUACUCGUCCUCCCGCAAGCGGGACGGAUACAUCUCCUUUUGCCACUAUGCUCGACUCGUCAAGCCAUGCGCGCAAGGACUCGCAUUUGGCGACUGUCAGCGGCGAUGCUCACGCACGAUCCCCGUCGCUGCCCACAUCAGAAGAUGACCUCGGUAGUGGGCCGCGAUACUCAUGGAACAGGUAUAUAACCACCGUCGCACGCGCUGUCGCACAAAAAUUGGAGGUUGACGCAGCGAAAGACAAGUGUGACGGCCUAAAUCGCUUCCGUCAAUCGCCCCAGGCCAAGUACUUUAAACAAGAAAGAGCCGAGUCCACGGAACGGCUGUAUUUUGCGCAGCGCAACGCUUACAAGCAUGCGCGCGACGAGUAUCAUGAGGCGCUCGAUCUGCUCACAGAAUUCCCUUCCCGGAUACGUCCUCUCAAUGCAGACGAGGAGGCCGGGGCUGAGCCAUUGCCCAGUAACGAGGAGUUGCAGCAGUACUCCAAAGAUGUGAGGCAUUGGCUUGAUGAGCUUGCACCCUACGUUGAGCGACUGCGGGAAGAUGCGAAGGCGGCCCCCUCAGCGUCAGGCAUACACAACGACGGUGUUGAACGCUCGAUUCAGCCACUUGCUGAUAGGCAGGCUCGCGAUUGUGCAGGCAUACACGACCGCGUUGAAAAGCUCGAAAUUAAGUUCAGCAACCUCCACGACUACUGCCGUGAUCUGAUGGCGGAUUCGCAUAAUUUGCUCCGCCAGGGGCUCCAAGAGCUAGACGGCGCCGAGAACAUGGACGUCGAAGACGGCGAGGCCACUCCUGCCCCGCCAGUCUUCCGAUCUCAGGUAUCGCAAGGGCAGGAUGAUGUAGAUGGCAAGCUUGCGACAUUGAAGCAGUUGCGCGAGCAACUAAGUUCACUCAAAAAGCGGGAUCAUCAUUGGUGGCAAGAGCAAGCACAGCUCCGCAUCGAUAAUGAGAAAUUACAGUUCCAAUGCGCUAUACUCGAGGAAGAGCUCGCACGGUGCAGGACGGAAGUGUCCAAUCAGGCACAUAGCAUACAAGAGCUUCGCAAUUCCCUUGAAGCCCUUAGGGCUCAGCCCUCACCGCCGGUAGCGCCCAACAUGGAAGAGAUCAUUGCACGAGUCAAGGAGAGCAUGGACUCGUCAUGGCGGUCGGAUGUCAAUCAAGCGCUCUCCUGCAUGAGCCAGGGUUUUGAGCAGGAGCUCCGAGCCCAGCAAGAUGCGGUCUACUCAAGGAUCUCUGCGGACAUGCAGCCAUCUUUGCUGGUGUUGAAGACUGUGCAGACAUUUAUGGAAAAUGCGAGGCGGAAAGGACAAUCGAUGGAUGCCGUGUAAGAUCCUUCUUCGUUCGGUUUUCGUCUCAUGCAUCUGUACUAGUACUUUUCUAUAUGUCGCAUUGACUGCUUGCAUGCAUACCCAAGGGAUAAUUUUAUGGUCUCUCUCAC